GAUAACAUCUAACCCGACCACUGCGCAAACACUAUCAGAAAUUCGCCGAAAAGCACGCACGAACAAUGCUUAACGUCAAAUUGUAUAAUAAAUCAAAUGCUCUACAGAAGACUAAUACAUUGAAGUGUUUAGAAGAAUAUAAGAAUAUAAUCAAUUGGAAAAUAGACUCAACGAUCCUAGACAUUGGUUGUGGCGAUGGGAGUUUGUCAUCAAAAAUAUUCAAAGAAAUAAUUCCUACUUGUAAGACCAUGACAGGCUGUGACAUAAGUGAAGAUAUGAUACGAUUCGCAAAUGAACACUAUGCUUCGGAAAGUGUUGAUUUCACUACCCUUAACAUAGAGGGAGAGCUGCCCGAUCAGCUAAGGGAACGUUUCCACCAUGCCAUUUCCUUUUUUGCUUUAAACUGGUGUCGUCGUCAAGAAACUGCGUUCCAGAACAUAUACGAUAACCUUAGGGACGAUGGAAGUUGUUUUGCGAUUGUCGUAGAAAAAACAUCAUUAUUUGAUGCAUAUAGGACCCUCGCUAAAGCCGAAAAAUGGAAGCCAUGGGUUACUGACGUUGAAAGAUAUAUAUCUCCAUACCAUGACAGUCAAGAUUCCCUUAAAGAAUUGCAACAAUUAUUAGGAAAAAUUGGAUUUACUAUAAAAAAAUUAGAAGACAAGAUAAUAGUUCACGACUACGAAAAUCAAGAGAAUUUGAAAGGUGCAAUAAUGUCUGUGAUGCCUUUCAAGAUCCCGGAUGAGUUACGUGACGAUUUUUUUAUAGACUUAAGCCAAGAAAUGCAUAUGAUUGACACUGAAAAGUACAAUUACAAGAAAUCAACUAAUGAUAAUGUCCAUAACAUGCAAAUACUCGUUUUAUAUGUUGAAAAAAAGUAAUAUAAUGUCUGGAUUUGUUUUUUUAGGAAUAUUAAUUGUUCUAAAAUUGAAAUGUAACAUUGAAAUAUAAAAAUCAUACAAUUAUUGAAAUACACAAACAUAAAUUCUAUAUUCUUCUUCUCUUCUUUUAUUUUGUAAAAUUAUGUUCGUUAUUACAAUAACUUCUAAAAGGACUUAGAUGACAAAUUUGUCUAGCUUAACCAAUUGGUGAAAUAGCAAUGGAACCUGUGGGUUUGAUUCCCGUAGAAAUAUCGCACAAAGCAAAAAUGUAGUGAACAGGUUAAUUACAAAACCAAUACUUAAUAAAACUUAAUUUAAAAUACUGGCUAGUAAAAUUUUAAAUAAAAUAAAGUAAAACUACCUUAAAGACUAAUCAUACGAGUCCUGCAGUGUGUACCAAAGUUUACGGCUUCACCGUUUUUUGCGAAUCAAAACAUAUGACAUUUUAAUAAUUUUAUUAUACAUUUUUCAUAUAUUUUUCAACAUUUCAAAUAAAACACAGGAAAUUCGGUUUUUCCGACGUAGGUAGCGAUGGACUUCAUAAAAUAAUUUCCUUUAAAUAAUGACGAACCUAUAAAUUGUUCGUUACCUCAGUGAAAUUUAGUGUUAGAUUACUUGUACCCUGCAAAGUGUAAUCAAAUAUAAUAUUUUGUAAUGUUAUAUACAAUGAAUACACCAAUUAUUAAUAUU